GCCCGUGUAGCAACAGAUCUGUGCCUGGCGUUUUUCGCAGUUCCUCCAGAGGUGUCAUUUUUCUACCCGUCUACCUUCCAGUUGCCUCUGUUGUGAAUAUUUCGGGACUAUGGCCGGGAGAGCUGCCGCUGCCUUGCUUCUCACAGCAUCCAUCUUACAAAUAGCCCUGGGCCAAAACAUCACGGAGCCGAGAACAGUGCUCCAUUGCUUCAAAUGCGACUUCGAUCAACCCUGCUCAGAGAUGAGUGUGACCUGCAAUGAAGGAGAGAGCUGCAGUACCAUCAGAGGGCAUUCAGAUUAUAAAGUCCACGAAUCCAUCUACGGGAAGGGCUGCAUCUCGGCCAGAAAGUGCAGCAGCUUGGACAGAAUCAGCUACUCCAACAACCCUUUCCGCGUCACCUACUCCUGCUGCAACACCGACUACUGCAACAGCGGCUACUCCGGGGCACCCCGCCUCCCCUUGGUCUGCGUGGCCACCAUCCUGACCAUGCUGCUUGCCUACCUCUUGUGAGACCCAGAACAUGCCCGCCCUGUAAGGAAACUUACCUGCUCCCCACAGUGACCGUCUCCCCUUGCUCAUGUCUCCCUCCGUCUCCAAAACAGCCAAGGCCCUGUUUCUCAUAAUGGACACAAUUUUGUAUCUACAAUGUCACUCCCGGUUUAUAUUUCUGUCUUUACCUUCUGGCCCACAAAUUAGCCCUCUAAACAAACCAAUUCGUUU